AUGCAGAAAGAUACAUUGGCAUACGAACUGAUUCUUCUCGAGAAGGUUCUAAAAGUCUCUCUAUCUGACAAUCUCAUGAGGAAAACCGGAUCAAGCUUCACUUCUGACAGCGUCUUCCUCCCUGGGGUUUCCCGAUCAAUCCCUCAAUCCAAUCUUCCAUCUCUCUCUGAAAACCUGACAAUUUUAGACGAAAUCUUAAUGGAGCGGCUCUCUGUCCCCCAAACGCCAAUUUUAAUCUAUUGUUCAGACUCUUAUUACCUCACCAAAGAAGAGCUCGGAAAAGAAUGGAGUGUAACUACACAAAGCCAGAGAAAAAUCCUCAAUUACUUACUUGAAAUCCUGGUUUCUUAUUCCUCGUUAUCUCUAUCAGAGCCUGAAAUGUUCCCUGACCAAUUCCCUCCUCUUCAGUCAGAAGGUAUACAAUUAAGCUCUCAGAGGAUGUUGCAGGGUCUAGAAAAAAUAUCAGAAGAGUUUCUAUUGAAGAUGGUAGCCUAUUGGGAAGAGCAAAACUUAGAGUUCAUGCAAGCUUUGUUUCAGGCUGUUUUAGUUCAGCUUUGGAGAGAAGUCCAGAACAAAAGCCUUUUGGAUGACCCAGUCCGCUAUACUCAAGUAUUUAAACAAUUGAUUUUUAUGAAGCCAGUUUCUGCUUUAUUUUUGCAUUCAGAGCUGAUUGAUUGGAACUGGAAUGGCUUGCAGCUGGAAACACAGUCACCGCUCAGUCCUUAUUUCUCCCCUGGGUAUUUUCCUUCUUUGCAGUCUUUUAACAAGAUUCCAGGUCUGCCGCCCCCUAAUGACCCAGUAAGGGAUGGAAUUAACAGACAGUUCGAAAAAUUGAGGUCACGAGGUGAGUAUGAGAGAAUUUUACAAAAAUUGCAUGGAGAUGAAAAACAGUAUGCAAUGGUCUUGGUCGAUAUCAUUAAGCAGCUGAUGAAAAAUGACAUGAAAAAGACCUUAAAUUGGCUUGCUGGAGCUGUAGUGUUUAAUGCUGAGAAAGCAAAACUAGGAAGCAGACUAGAAAGACCUACUAUGAGGACUAGCUCAAGUGAAGGUUUUUGUAUAAAUGUUUUAGACGUCCUUUUGCAAUUAUGUAAGCCUUUUUUCGACCCGAACGAUCCUAAAGCUCAAAAAAUUGACCCACUUUAUAUGCUGCAUGACAAAAAGAUGAGCAAAAUCAAUGAAACGCCUAUAUGCACAUCUCUAGAGAAAUUGCCAAGAGAAGACAAAAGCUUCGGGACCAUUACAGAGUUUUACUUUCUUUGUGCCCAGAUGUUCCAUUAUGGCUGGAACCAAAUCCGUCAGAAUUACAUGGACUUAAACAGAAUAUUAAACCAGCUAAAAGGAAAGAAAAAUCCAGCCGCAGAAGAGGAAUUCAAGUAUUUUAUCAAAAUAAAGCUAUGCUAUGAUGUGAUUCUUUUAGACUCAGGAAGGAACUCAAUGCUGCUGCAGCUCUGCAAUUUGACUAUGAAUUUAGUAGUAAAGUGGGCAGGAUUUCAAGGAACGCUGCCUCUGCCGCCUCCAAACCCUCUUCUUGGGAUUUUGCCUGAGCAUAUUGUAGAAAACAUAUCAGAAUUAUUAAUAAUCAUACUUGAGCUGCAGCCAGAAGGCCUGAGAUCUCUGGGCUCUCAAGAAAUUCUGAACUUAUUGACAUUUGCUACAGUAGUUUUGUCAAGUCCUUCCCACUUUUCUAACCCUUAUUUGCGAGCCAAACUAGUCCAAGCUUUAAGUAUGAUCUUAGAAGAAGGCAUUUUUGGGGACCUGCAUACCUUAAUUAACCUUAAUGAAGUCGCCAAAAAAUACCUGCUGCCUUCCCUGAUCAUUUUUUACGUUGAUAUCGAGUUCAGCGGUUCUCACUCCCAAUUUUACGACAAGUUCAUGUACAGGCACUAUACAGCCAAAAUAUUCGCGUUUUUGUGGAAAUUCGAGUACUAUCAAAACCAGACCAAAGCUCAAGAAGGGGAACCUUUUUUCGCAAGAUUUAUUAAUAUGCUUAUAAAUGAUACAACUUGGUGCUAUGACGAAGGGCUAAAAAAGCUAAUUCAUUGUAAGAAGUUUAAUGAUAAAAGAAACACAGAAGGCGUUACCCCACAAGAAGAAGAGGAAAACUCAAAGGAGGAGGGAUACUGCAAGUAUGUGAUGCAGCAAGCUAAUGAGUCAAUAGGGCUGCUUGAACAAGUCGCGGACUGGAAUUCGUCACUAUUUGUGAGUGACGAGUUCGGAGACAGAACUGCAGCGAUGCUUAAUUACUUUUUAGCUUUGCUGUGUGGGCCGAAAUGCUUGGAAUUAAAAGUGGAAAACCCAAAGCACUAUAAUUUUCUGCCAGAAGAGAUGCUAGGGAAUAUCAUAAAAAUUUACCUACAUAUAGGGAAGCAUGAGAAAUUUUACCAGUGUAUUAUUAAAGAUGAGAGAUCUUAUAGUGGGGAUAUUAUGAAUAAAGCACUUACUCCCCCUAAUUGAGCGAAGAAGAAAGCUUUUUAUGAAAAUAAUAUUUGAUAUAUAAGUGAUAAUUAAUAUAAGAAAUAUAUAACUUAUUCUGUUGAAUUUUAAAUAGCUGCAUUUUAAAAUAUAAAUUUUAAUUUUUAUCCUAAAUUUCUACUAAUUGGGGUUUUUUAUUUUCGAAAAAAAAAUUAACCCCUUACAUUAACGAACAAAAUUUUUGUUCGCUCAUUGAGGCGGAGUUAGAAUCUGCAAUAAGAGGCCAAUUCUUGCUUAUGAAUUGAUUCAGACUUUCGAGCAGUUUAUACAGAGGGUGAAAUCAACUAGUCAAGUGCAGCAGUCAGUAGAAGACAAGUUAGGAGAAAUACCAGACGAGUUUUUAGACCCUAUUUCUUGUGAGCUUAUGCGAAACCCAGUUAUUUUGCCAAGUGGAAAUCGUGUGGAUCGGCCUACUAUUGUCAGACAUCUGUUAAGUGACCAGAUCGACCCCUUCAGCAGAGCACCACUCACAGUCGAAGAGCUUGUUGAAGACACUGAUUUAAAAGAAAGAAUAAAUGCCUGGAUCUCCGAAAGGCUUAACUCCUAA